AUGUUACGUCAAGCAAUUAAUCAAACCAUCAAGAGUGGAGUAGUCAGUCGUAGUUAUUCGACUGGUAAAGACAUCAAGUUUGGAGCUGAAUGUCGUGCAUUGAUGUUACGUGGUGUUGAACAAUUGGCAGCAGCCGUAGAAGUUACAUUGGGUCCAAAGGGACGUAAUGUUAUUCUCGAUCAACCAUUUGGUGCACCAAAGAUCACCAAGGAUGGUGUCACUGUCGCCAAGCACGUCGAGUUUAAGGAUCGUCAUGUCAACCUCGGUGCUCUCCUUGUCAAGGGUGUAGCAUCCAACACCAACGACAUUGCUGGUGAUGGUACCACCACUGCCACUGUCUUGACCAAGGCUAUCUUUGCCGAAGGUUGCAAGGCUGUCGCUGCCGGUAUGAACCCAAUGGAUUUGUGGAGAGGUAUCAACUUUGCCGUCGACAAGGUCAUCGAAGAACUCAAGGUUCUCUCUCGUCCAAUCUCUACCACUGAAGAAAUUGCUCAAGUUGCUACCAUCUCUGCUAAUGGUGAUAAGGUCGUAGGUAACCUCAUUGCUUCUGCUAUGGAAAAAGUUGGUAAAGAAGGUGUUAUUACUGUUCAAGAUGGUAAAACAUUAAAAGAUGAACUUGAAGUUAUUGAAGGUAUGAAAUUUGAUCAAGGUUUUAUUUCAAGAUAUUUUAUUACUGAUCCAAAGACUCAAAAAUGUGAAUUUGAAGAUCCAUUAAUAUUAUUAGCUGAUGCAAAGAUUAGUAAUGUUCAUACAUUGGUACCAAUUUUGGAAGCAGUUCAUGCACAACGUAGAAAAUUAUUGAUUAUUGCCGAAUCUGUUGAAAGUGAUGCAUUGACAGCACUCAUUAUCAACAAGCUCCGUGGUCUCCAAGUAUGUGCCGUCAAGGCUCCAGGUUUUGGUGAUAUGCGUCAAUCCAACCUCCAAGAUUUGGCCGUUUUGACCGGUGGUCAACUCAUUAGCGAGGAACUCGGCACCAAGAUGGACUCGCUCGACAUUUCAAUGCUCGGUACUGCCAAGAAGAUUAGCGUCUCUGCCGACGACACUAUCAUCUUGGAUGGUGGAGGUGAAAAGGCCUCAAUCCAAGAACGUGUUGAAAUGAUUCGUGAAGCCAUCACUCGUACCACUUCUGAAUAUGAAAAGGGUAAACUCGAGGAACGUUUAGCCAAGUUGGGUAGUGGUGUUGGUGUCAUCCGUGUUGGUGGUGCCUCAGAGGUUGAAGUUGGUGAAAAGAAGGAUCGUAUCGUCGACGCUCUCAAUGCAACCCGUGCUGCUGUUGCCGAAGGUAUCGUCCCAGGUGGUGGCACUGCUCUCCUCUACUCUGCUCAAACACUCAAAAAAAUCAAGAUGGACAACUUUGAUCAAACCAUCGGUGUCAAGAUUGUCCGUGACGCUCUCAUGGUGCCAUGCAAGACUAUUGCCAACAAUGCUGGUGUCGAAGGUUCAGUCGUCGUCGGUCGUCUCCUCGCUCGUCGUGACAAUGAAUAUGGUUACAAUGCCGCCAAGGGUAUCUAUGAAAACAUGAUCAAGGCCGGUAUCAUCGAUCCAACCAAGGUUGUCAGAACCGCUCUCGUCGACGCUGCCUCUGUCGCUUCACUCAUGACUACCACUGAAGCUAUGGUAGUUGAAUUACCAAAGGUUGAACAACCAAUGCCAAUGCAACCUCCAAUGGAAUAUUAA